AUGGAUGUUAUAGAAGCAGGUGAUGUUGUAGAAAAGCCUUCACCAAACAUAUUCCGGUUAAAUAAGACAUUUACUGAAUAUGAAACAAGAAUAAUGAAUAAGAUUAAACACAAUUUUUUAGAUACUGUGGGAUAUAUGGAAUAUAGGAAAUUUAGCAGGAAGCAUCAAGGAGUUUUUAGGAAUGUUGCCAGAGGAUGGACACUAGCAAUAUUAAUUAUAUAUAGUAUAUUUGCAAAUGUUCUGUUCUUUGCUACAUGCCCAAAUUCUGGUCGAAAUUUUGCAAUUAAUGGACUUUUUUAUAAGGGAUAUAAUUUAGUGAUUCUAUGUAUUGAACUUGGAUUAUUAUCUUUAACAACUUUUUGGUUAGUAGCAACUCAGUUUCAAACUGGAGUUGUAUACUCUUUCCGUUUAAGUAUUAUUUUUUCAGCAAUUACACUGAUUCUUUUCGUACUAAGAGUUGCAAUACCUGGUCCUAAUAUUCCGCUAAUAUUUCAGAAGUGUGAUUAUGAAUUAAAAAGUGGUUUUGUUAUUAUCUAUAAUUUUAUUCCACUUCUAUAUCUACUCUUGCAAUUUUUUAUUUCAAUUUGUUCUUUUUUUUAUUCGAGACUUAAACCAUUAUUGGCUUCAUAUUACUACAAACAUCCUUGGUUUUUGAAGUCAUGGAAGUUUGUUAGUGUAGAACCUGUUGAACUUCGCCUGUUAUCCUUUGGAAAGAUAGAUGAUUCUCAAUUAAAUCAAAAUGUAACUUCAGAUGAAUUAAAGAAUAAGGGUACUGAAUACCAAUACCUUACUGAGAAUAAUGGUAAAUCGAGACUAUUUUGGAGAUUAGAAGGGGAUGAUAUGCCACAAACAAGGCUUGCAAGGGGGUUUUAUAUUGAAAUUAAACGGUUUAGUAUUAGAAAACUUAUGAAAAGAUUGGAUCCAAUUAGACUUGACUUAUUACUGUCAUUUAGAACUCGUAAAGAUACAGCAAGGCGUCCAUAUGCCUUAGAGAAACCUGGUUGUGACGUUACAAGCUGGUAUCUGGGUGAAAUUAAUGAAGAAGGGAGACCUCAUGGAUUUGGAAGAUGGAGAGAAGAUGAUUAUCAUGGUGAAAUAUUAGUAGGAUUUUGGAAAGAUGGUUAUCCAGUUGGACCAUUUAAAACAAAGGAAUGUAGAUCUGGCAGCGGAUUUGUUUGUUUACGUUUGGGAUACUGUAAUACAGAUUCAGGACCAACCCCUUAUACAUUUGGCUAUGCAGAUAUAGAAUGUAGUGUAUCCGGUCAAUUUUUUCGUGGUUUUCCAUUAUGUCAUAUAUAUCCUGCACCAACUCCCCAUGUGAAUCGUAGUCCCUCUAUUUUUGCUAGAAUUGGUGCGAAAGGUAAAGCAGCUUUUGAGGAUACCACUCAAAAAGGGAAAUUAGUUUUUAGAACUUUAUUUAACUUAAAAAAUAUUUUUAAAUCGAUGAAAUCUAAAAUGAAGUUAGUUUUACAGAAAAUGCCCAUUUUAAAAAAAAAUAAAUUAGAAGAAGUGGAGAUAGAAAAUUCGCGAGGAAAAGUCGUAGAACUUCAGUCUAACAAUAAAUCAGAUCUAAGUAAUGUAAAAACAUUUUCACUAAAAAUACCAGAAGAUACUGGAGAUAAGCAGAACUCUAUAAACAAUGAGACAUAUCUUAAUGAGACUCCCCACCAUAGGUCAUCACUACCUAUUGAUUUGAAUUUAAGUCUGAAUAGAGGAGUUAGAAUAAUAAAACGUGUCAAAGAAAAACUCAGAAGAAAACAUAAUCUACAAGAAAAAGAGAGAGAUAUCGCAAUUUUGUGGUUAUUUCAAAAUUUAUCUCCACAUUUGCCAAUGUUCACAAUUCAUCCAAAGAAUGAAGUUACUAUUCUAGUUGAUGGAGAACGUGGCCUUUACAUUGCAGGGUAUUUUCCAAUUUCUGAAGUACUACAAUAUACUAAACAUGCUGGAAUAGAAUUUCCUUUAGAUAUUAAUGAUGGUACAGAAAGCUAUGAGGGUGAACAUAUUUCGCAUUUACUACAAUCUACUAAUCGCAAUAAAUUAGAAAAUAAUAAUCAACAAGAAUAUACGUCAAGUUCAACAAUUGGGACUUUAUAUCACUCAGAAAAGCGAAAAAAUAAUCGAUAUUUAGAGUCUGUGGAAGUUAGGGUAGUUGAAAGAUCGAGAUAUAACUUAACUGAUAACUCAAAUAGAAGAGACUUCCAAGAUUUAGAUGACUCAAUUGGGGGAAUUCUAUAUUAUCCAGAACUUGAAAUCAAAAACUGGGUGCAUAGUGAUGGUUUACAUGCUGUAGAAGUAUUAAUAUUUAUACAUGGAUAUAAUAAUACUUUGACAGAUGCACUUAGACAAGUUGGUCAAAUGAUUGCUUUCGGGAAUUUUCCAUCAUAUAUCAAACCUUUAGUAUUUUCAUGGCCUGCAGGUAAUUCAUUUCUAGAAUAUUUUAAAGCUAGGAAGAGUUCUGAUUCUCCAGUAACACAUAAGUCCUUUUGUGAAUUAAUUACUGGAUUAAGAAAUAGAGGUAUACGGCAUAUUCAUGUUAUGACUCACUCUAUGGGUACACGUCUAUUCAUAAAGUGUUUCCCAAAACUCUUAUCUGCAAAUUUAAUAGAAACAUGUGAACAAGAUAGAAGAAUUCAAGGGAUUGAAGCGAAAUUCCCUGAAUUAUAUAGACCAAACAUAUUGAAUAGUAAUUCAAUUGAAUGCGAAAAGGUUCAAAUUGUCUCGAUGACCUUUCUAAAUCCUGAUGUGUACUUAGAUGAUUUUAUUAGUAAAGUAUUUCCUAUAUUGAGAAAGUAUUGUAAUUUAAUCACAAUGUAUGGAGAUAGCCAAGAUGGUGCACUUAAGUGGAGUGAAAUAAUACAUGGUAGGAAAGCUUUGGGAUGUAAUGUAUUCGGAUUACACUAUGGAGUAGCAAGUUUCAAAGAUCGUAGUAAUCAGUCUAAUAUUAGCAUUUAUGAUUUACAAAAUAAGUCUGAUCAUAUCCUCUCUGCAGAAGCAUCUGUUCAACCUGAAACAAAAUUGAAUAAAGUUAAUAGGCAGGAAAGCACACUCUCUUUAAUAUACCCCUCAAGAUUACUUAGCGGAAAGUUUCCUGCCAAGACAUUCUCACCCCAAAAUAGUAACUCAGGAAUAUUUAAUGCAUCAGGUUCAAGCGGAAAGAUAGAAGCUCACAAAGAAGUUAAUUUUCAGUAUCUUGAUAUGGAUGUAAUUGAUCAAAGUUAUAUAGAUCAAAAUGUAAGUACAAUGAGGCACAAUAAUUGGAAUCUAAAUAGGGAGGUAAUUGAAGAUCUUAGAGAAUUGGUUGUAACAAGAAAAAGAGCAUACCAAAGAUCAACAAGACUAGAUAAGCGCGAAGGAAAUGUAUGGGUAUACCGUCUCGCUCCUUCAUACGUUACUUCAAUUUUUGAUUAG